GCGCUGGCCCAAAGCCGCCCAACUGGUCCUGCCCAUACCAAAGUGCCCAUGCCACCUUAUUGGGCAGUGAGCACACAGGGAAGGCAAAGGUGGCUUGCAGCCAGCCAGUCAGGAAGAUAAUCUGCUCCCACAAGUUACAUAAUGCAACGUGAAGUCAAAGGGAACCGCAUUUGCAGUAUUUGCUGCUUUGCAUUCGUCACAUCAUUUUCGCCUUAUUUUAAUCUGGAGCACGAAGAGUUAUGAAGGGCCACAUUUCCGAUGCAAAUUAUAUUUACUAGGAUUCCACAGGAGUCCUCUUUUUGUUGAGUCUUUUUGCCACUUGUUUCUUUUGUACUAUACGAUAGCUUUCGCUUCACAAGAAAGAUUAGAAAAGUUGUGCGUGGGAUUCAGGAAAAAAUCUAUUUAUGAGCCAUCAGACCGGCUGGUGGUGAAGACGGUGGUGAUGUGUGGGAGAGGCUUGGCAGGUGUUAGUUGGGAUCCAGGAACAUAAGCCAGGGGUUGCUGGCCGGAAUCUUGCAGAGCGGUGACCACAAACAAUAAGAGUGGCAUGGAACCGGCUGGAGCGUGAUCUAGUAGACCUCGGGCCUCAGUAACUUUGCGUCUCGGGCUCGGGCGGGCCUAGGCGAGCUCCACCCCUCCAAGGCGCAGGGUCGCCUGGGCCCGCCCCGCGGCCACGCAGCUAUUGGUCGAUGCCGACUCAGCCACCUGCCCCUACCUUGCGUGGGCGGUGCUACCUGGGCCCCGCCCCCACGGCUCGGGUUCCCAGGCCGCGCUUACCCCUCCUCCUCCGGCCCCGCCCCUGGCGUGAGGCCCCGCCCCUCCUAGUCCCGGAGCCCGGGCACCUCGUGAUGUCACGGCCGCUUUGAUACAAAGAGCCCCUUCGGCCCACGCGGGUCUCCCGGCAACGGGCGCGGGCGGGGGCGGGGCCGGCGCCUUCAACUGGUGCCGAACGGUGCGAGCGGCGGCGCAAAGGCUUGGGGAUUGUUCCUUGAGCUCUCGGGUUGCCCUCCGCGUCCCUACUCAUCCUACUGACCCGCGCUGAGCUUCUUGUCCCUCUGCAGAGGACCGAUCCGCAACUGGACGGGGAUGCACACCCCGCCUGCUCCCGGGAGUCAGGACAUUGAGGUCCCCGGCUCCACCUUUGCUGAUGGCGAGCUCAUCCCCAGGGAGCCCAGCAUCUUUCCCGAGGACGAGGAGGAGCCUAUGAUGACACUGGCCCCAGCCGAGGGCUCCCUGGAGUCAGAUCUGGACAGCCCCAUGGAAAGCACCCAGAGCCUGGAGGGGUCUGUCGGGAGUCCCGCCGAGGACAAGGAGCGGGGUCUCGGGAGCCUGUUUCUGCCAGARGACAAGUCCCUGGUCCACACUCCAUCCAUGACGACAUCAGACCUCUCCACACAUUCCACCGCCUCACUAAUCAGCAACGAGGAGCAGUUUGAAGACUACGGGGAGGGGGACGACGUGGACUGUGCCCCCAGCAGCCCCUGCCCCGAUGAUGAGACCAGGACCAACGUCUACUCAGACCUGGGGUCUUCGGUGUCUUCCAGUGCGGGGCAGACACCGAGGAAGAUGCGGCACACGUACAACAGCGAGCUGCUGGAUGUGUACUGCUCUCAGUGCUGCAAGAAGAUCAACCUGCUGAAUGACUUGGAAGCCCGGCUGAAAAACCUGAAGGCCAACAGCCCCAACCGAAAAAUCUCUAGCACUGCCUUUGGACGGCAGCUCAUGCACAACAGUAACUUCAGCAGCAGUAACGGCAGCACUGAGGACCUGUUCCGGGACAGCAUUGACUCCUGUGACAAUGACAUCACGGAGAAGGUAAGCUUCCUAGAAAAGAAGGUGACAGAGCUGGAGAAUGACAGCCUGACCAGUGGGGACCUGAAGAGCAAGCUAAAGCAGGAGAAUACACAGCUGGUGCACAGGGUGCAUGAGCUGGAGGAGAUGGUGAAGGAUCAGGAGACCAUGGCCGAGCAGGCACUGGAGGAGGAGGCCCGGCGACACCGUGAAGCCUACACCAAGCUGGAGCGGGAGAAGAGCACGGAGCUGGAGCUGCUCCACACCAGGGUGCAACAAUUAGAGGAGGAAAAUACUGAGCUCAGGACGACAGUGACGCGACUCAAGUCACAAACCGAGAAACUGGACGAGGAGCGGCAGCGCAUGUCCGACCGGCUGGAGGACACCAGCCUGCGGCUCAAGGACGAGAUGGACCUGUACAAACGCAUGAUGGACAAGCUGCGGCAGAACCGCCUGGAGUUCCAGAAGGAGCGGGAGGCGACACAGGAGCUCAUCGAGGACUUGCGCAAGGAGCUGGAGCACCUGCAGAUGUACAAGCUGGACUGCGAGCGGCAGGGCAGGGGCCGCGGCUCCUCCGGCCUGGGCGAGUUCAGUGCCAGGGCCCGCGAGGUGGAGCUGGAGCACGAGGUCAAGCGGCUAAAGCAGGAGAACCAUAAGCUGCGGGAUCAGAAUGACGACUUGAACGGACAGAUCCUGAGCCUCAGCCUCUAUGAAGCAAAGAACCUCUUUGCUACCCAGACCAAAGCCCAGUCUUUGGCUGCAGAAAUUGACACAGCAUCUCGAGAUGAGCUAAUGGAAGCCCUAAAAGAACAGGAGGAGAUCAACUUCCGGCUGAGGCAGUACAUGGACAAGAUUAUCCUGGCCAUCCUGGACCACAACCCCUCCAUCCUGGAGAUCAAGCACUGAGGAGGUGGCUGGCUGCAGAGCGGCCUUAGGACCUGGGGACCAAGGGGCAGGCCCUGCCCCAGGAUGUGGGCCUGGGCCCACACUCACACUGUAAAUGUACCUCUGGCCACAUGCGUACCGUGUACUGGUGUAUAUGUGGGCUGAGCGUGGGACCAUGGCUGGUGACACCUGCGCAGUGAGCUGUGUGUGCACUUUGUGGCCCCUUUGCAAGGGGCAGAGGGUACUGGCAGCGGAGAGAACAAGGUCUGCCAUGGGAGUUCCUGCGAUAACGAGAACUGGACAAUUAUGUUUCACUUACUGGAUAAAAUGAUUCUACCUCUGGGAUAAGGAUUAGAAAUACUCUAGGGAGACAGGCUCUUCUCUCCCUGCCCCACCUCCCGGGACGAGGAGCAAAAUCUGAUCUUUUCCAGGAGUUUGGUUGCUCUUUCCAGCCUCUUUGGCCAUCAAGCCCAGGUAUUUGAGCUCAAAGAGAAGGAAGGGGCGUCUGGGGGGACCCAGUGGAGGAGCCCUCGGGCAGCCCUCUGUGGGGCAGUGUACGGUGUCCAGAGGACUCGGGUUCGCAGAGCUGUAGACAGGCCGUCCUCAUUGCUGGGUUCUUGGCAUCUUGACGUUCUCCYUGCCCUCCCCGCCUGCUCACCUACCUCCCCUUUAUGGUUUGGUUUUGUUUUUAAGACAAUGAAAUAGAAGCACCAUUCACUUGGGUAUAAAAUGAAGAAAUCAAAAGGAAAGAAGCAGCUUAGGAGGUGGGGGUGUCAAAACAGGUUGGGCAACCAAAGAAAGGAUUCCCAGAGGGGCAGGGCUGCCCGCAGCCGCGCAGACGGACUAUCGCUUGUCACUGGUGAGGACUGGUGAGGGCAGGCCUCGGGAUGGAUUCCAGAAUCCGAGCUUGGGCUCCCCUGGGGAGCUAGAGCGGCCCCCCUUCUUUGGUCUUCAUCCAGGGGAACAGACACUGCGCUGGUGGGACAUGCAGGUGGGAAAGUUGCAGGGAAACCUUUGUCUUCCGUGCUUUGGACACAUGGUGGGAAUUUCCACCGUGGAUUUUUAAUGUGAUCUCUUGUUCUCAGCAGCAGGGAAUAGAUGUGGUCCUUUCCUUCGAGUUUUCCAGUCUAUCUGAAUUUUCUAUAGCUUGUGAUUCCUUUCCUUGACCCAAAUCUAUAUAAACACAUAUGGUCUUAUUUCUUCCCCUGCAGUUUCUUGUUUUCUUCAGCACAUCUAGCRGGAAAAGGAAGGUUCGGGCAUGUUGGGGAGGGUAGAGAGGGGUGUAUGCAGAGAAGGCGGGCAGCGGAGGAUGAAGAGGGGACCUGGGGGACUUGGGUGUGUCCCCAGGUUUGGAGGCAGGGCUGUAGCCAAGACUGAUCUUUGUUCCAUUCCAAUCAACUUUGCUUCUGUUGGAUUUUGUGAUUUCUUUUUAAUAUGUGCAGUUUGGUCUCAUGCUGCAAAUAAUGGGGUUGCACUGGUUCUGCCCAGGACUCUGGAAUUACCCAGGCCCAGAAGACUGGCUGGGGCAUUUUCUCUAGAAGGCCCUGUUCUCAGGAUACUAGGCUCCCCCAAGGGUCUGAGAAGACACAGGCAGAGAAAGGCGGCCUGAGGAGUGGGUCUCUUGAGAAUUUGCCAGUAGCAAGGAAUGGCCACCACCAGAGGCAAAUGACAAGUUGCAACAUGGCAUUGACCUGGGUUUUCUAUUGCAAGAAGUGCCACUGAGGCCGGCCAAGUCAGGGCCCUGGUCCAUGGGGGUGAGUAUUUAAUAAGUAAAAUUGCAUAUGUUCUUUAGCUGCAUUAGUGCAGAUUCCAGAGAAGGCCACAGAAGCCAGAGUUAGAGCCGCUGUGAAGGAAUUUCUGCCAGGGGAAGAGGAAGUGGGAAAAGACAGCCUGCUCCAUUCUCCUCGCCUCUCCCYGUAGGGGGCGCCAUUGGCAUGGGUUUCCUGAGAGGCCAAAAAAAAAGUCAGGUCUAAAAGACCCUCUGGAUCUGAGCUAGUGUCAGAGAGAGGGACUUUUAAAUGAGGGAGUGAAUUCCCUGUAACACACACCUUCCAUUAAAUCCAACCUCCUUACUUUCUUCGGCCAGGAUGCAUUUCUUGUCUGUCAGCUCAGCUUUUUAAGAUCAGGUAUGUUUGGGGGCUGGAGAUGUAGUUCAGUGGUAGAGGGCUUGUGCAAGGGCCUGGAUUCAAUCCCUACUGCCGCCCCCCACACCCCACCCCCCAAAUCAUGUAUGUCUUUAAAAUGCUCUUCUGAUCCUGAAGGCUAGCCUGAUGGGAGCUGAUGCCCCAGCUCCACAGCCCUGCUCCCGCUGUGUUUUCUGCCUCCCUUGCUCAUUUUCCAGCUGGGAGUUCUACCCCAGCUGUCCCUUGUUGUAUUGCUAGGUGGUAAACAUGUGCCCAGUUAGAUUUGAACUUCAGGCUAGGCACAGUGGUCACACCUGUAAUCCCAGAGGUUUGGGAGGCUGAGGCAGGAGGAUCAUGAGUUCAAAGC